UUGCCCCCCCUGAGGUAAAAAUAAUGAACGGUCCCUUACCAUGCCACAAGUAUUAACUAUCCUUAAAAAACAUACAUCGAUAUUCCAGGUACCACAAUGACUCAAACAAACCGGCACCAAUCUUGAGGCAGAAACUCUUGUCCAAUGACAAUAGCCUUAAGCAACAUGCUAAUGAGAUGUGGUGCCUGGGCUUAUUCCUUCCUCUUUUAAUUGGAGAGUUUAUGACAGAAGAUGACGACCAUUGGAAUGCCUAUUGUGUAUUGCUGGAAAUAGUGCGCAUUAUAUUCUCCCCGCUGAUAAGCAAAGAGCAAAUGCCUUAUCUCCAAGUCCUGAUCCAAAAUCAUCAUGAAAAUUUCCGGCUACUAUAUCCACAUGCGUCUAUCAUACCCAAGAUGCACUACAUGAUCCAUAUGCCGAGGAUUAUGUUAAAAUUGGGACCGCUCAUCAGGAUUUGGUGCAUGAGGUAUGAGGCAAAACACUCGUACUUCAAACGCUUGGCCAUUUCAUGUGGUAACUUCAUCAAUCUGCCGUAUUCUCUGACAAAACGGCACCAGGAAGGGCUAUGUUACCGCAUUAACAUGUCGGAAGGGGGCCACUCUACUUUUCUUCAAAAAGGAAUUGAUAUUGGUCCAGGCACAGAAACGUAUGCUGGAAAUUUAGGCUACUAUGAUUUGCUUUGUGAGUCAUAUGAGUUUUGUGAUGUGAUUCCACAAACCUCUGUUUUUGAAGCGAAGUGGGUUGUUAUUGGAGGUACGAAGUACAAAUGUAAUGCAGCAGUACAUAUUGGAUAUGAUGAGCAUGACUGCCCAUUAUUUUGGAGAAUUCACAAGAUUUGUAUAGUUGAGAAGAACUUGAUGGGCAUUCAGUUUGUUGUCGAGCCAAUGGAGACCAACAUAUUCAACAGCCAUUUCCAGUGUUACGAGGUUAGUCUUCCAUCAGCCGAUGAUAUGAAGAUAUUCAAGCAAUCUGAGUUCAGCUGCUAUAUUCCGAAGCAAAUAUGUCGUCCAUAUGGAAGACGAGGUGGUACAAGGUACAUCUGUACACGAUAUGAUCUUGGCACCAAUAGUUAGAGUCACAUUACCAUACUCCAGUUGUACACUGCAAAAUACAAGUUUACAAUGAUUCAAUACAUGUUACUAUGCAGUACGUAAAUUAGCUUGUAGGUACACCACGUAAGUAUUUAAUACUUCGAAACUUUCGGUCUGUUAUCCAGGGGCCGGUUGUUCAAAGCUAGGUUAAAUUUUAAUCGCUGUUUUUGUUCAUAUGGUUCUGCACCGCUGUUUGUUUCAAGAAUUUACAAAAUAAGGCUUCUAUUGAUCAACAAAAUGUUUGUGAAAGAAAUGUUCAACUUCAUAAACGAGCGACUAAAAAAUGAUGUU